ACGAACCCAGACGCUGGAUUGGGGUUGCACCUCUUCUCACGCACUAUCCCUCGCUCUGUGGUUUGGGGUGGGUCCCAGUCCAAAACAGGGACAGGGAGAGCUAAAGCAACUACUGGAAAUGUGGAGAAUUUUCAUAUUCAGUAUUGUCUUUAAGGAACUUGGAUACAAGAGGAGAUAAUUAGAUUAUUUUUUUUACUUUCCAUGCUAUUUGGAUUACCUAUGAUAUUGUUUCCCAAUAGAAGGACAACGACAACUGUUCCUGCUGUAUACUGCUGUAUACUUAAUCCACCUGGAGUUUGGAUGGUGCUUUUCAACGACAGGCUCCGGCGUCGACAUGGCUCCUACAGUAUGUAGAGAAACCGCUCCAGCGAUGGCUUGGGGUUGUCUCGUCGUGUGUCCAAUUUUGGACUAGAGGCCUGCUGAGUGCCAAGGGAAGUCCUAUCCACGAAGACACAUUGACUGUCACGGUUAUUAUUACCAUAAACUCUCCGCUCCCCUGCUGUCUCUAAAGCAUCAGAAUAGCUGUUUGAGGAAAAUGGCAAGUCACAGAGACCCUCGCUUUCUGCACAACCUAUCCUACCACCCUCGAUGGCAGCAUGACUCAAUAAAAGUGAAGCGAAAAGGACAUAAGCGGACAGCGGCUGCAAACAGUUGCAGUGGAUAUAGUCUGUUUAAAUCAUUAGCAGCUUCAUCAGCAAAACCACAGAUGCCAUCAUCCCCGGUGCAACGCUCCAGGAGCCGGUGUGGGAACUGGCUUCUUCUGCCCUUAGUCAUCAUGCUCUCAUUUCUGCCCUGUCAAUCCUGGGCGACCACUUUCAAGGUGGCCCUGGUUGGACCCUGGACAUGUGACCUCCUAUACUCUAAAGCCCUCCCUGACUUGGCAGCCCGCCUCGCCACCGCCCGCAUAAACAAGGACCCCUACCUCAACAAAGGCUACUGGUAUGACUACACGCUGAUCAAUGAGGACUGCAAGUCAUCCCGUGCUCUAGCUCGCUUUGCCGAGCUGGAUGGUUAUGGUGCUGCUUUCCUGGGCCCCGCCAACCCAGGCUACUGCUCCUCAGCUGCUCUAUAUGCAAAGGAGUGGGAUGUUGGGAUUCUCUCCUGGGGUUGCCUCAAACCCAACAUGGACAAAGGAGGGAUGUAUUCCACCUUCCUGCGGCCGCUGCCACUGUCUUCCCGUGUUCUUUUCUCUGUGUUGCGGUUCUUUUCGUGGGCCCAUGUGGCCAUAAUCUCAGAGGAGACGGAUUUGUGGGAAGCCACAGGACAGGAGCUUGCCUCGUCACUGAGGGCCCUCGGCCUGCCUGUCAACCCUGUGGUCACCAUGGAGUCCGACAAGGAUGGGCCUCGGAGAGCCCUGACAAAAGUUCGGCAAGCAGACAGGGUCAGAGUGGUCAUUAUGUGCAUGCCUUCUGUCCUGAUUGGUGGCCAAGCCCAGUACCAGCUCCUGACAACAGCCUUGGCCAUGAGUAUGAUUGACCGUGGCUACGUGUUCAUCCCCUACGACGCCCUCCUCUACGCACUACCCUACAAGGAGGCACCCUACUAUAUGUUAGGCAACGACACCAAGCUGCGGAAAGCCUACGACGGGGUCCUCACCAUCACUGUGGACUCUGGAAAACGCAAUUUCUAUGAGGCCUUCAGAGACGGUCAGGACAGCUAUGAGAUCCGCAGCAGCACCCCACCAGAGCAGGUUUCUCCAUUCUUUGGCACCAUCUACAACAUGAUAUACUACAUAGCUAUGGCUGCAGAGCAGGCCCGCGCCAGUGGAGGCCGCUGGGUAACUGGUGAGAUCUUGGGUGACAGCCAGGGCGGCUUUGAAUUUGAAGGCUUCAAUCAGCACUUGAAGGCCGGCAAGAACGGCGAAGGCAUGCAAGCUCGCUACGUAGUGCUGGAUUACAGUGGCAUUGGCAACUUUCUCUACUCCACUCAUAUUGUGGAUGCCACUCAUACGUAUGGCGGGGUCGGCAGCUUGAAAUACCUCGGCCGUUCGAUCCAUUUUGCAGGCAGCACGCCCUACACGGACUCAAGCUGCUGGUUUAGCCCUUACUUUGCCUGCACCGGAGGCCUGGACACCGUCACUCUGUUCUUUCUUUUCCUUGUGUUCAUUGCAGUCGUUGGAUGUGGAGCUAACUUCUUUAUUAGUCUCAAGAAAAGUGGCAGGAUAGGACUCAGUUUUGGAGGUGGUAAUGGCGGAUCAACAAAGGUAGUCCUGACUUUGGACGACCUGGUGUUCAUCAACACUCAAAUCAGCAAACGGAAGAUCAAUGACGAAAGUAUCCUGAAAAGCCAGCUCGAUAUGAGGACGCCUCACCACUCGGUAUCCGGUCGCAGCUACAUGGCCUCCUCGCCAGACAGCUCCAAUGUUGCUGUGUUUGAGGGUGACUGGGUUUGGUUGAAGAAAUGCCCCGGUGGAGGGGUAUCAGGUGUCAACGGCAGCACUGAGUUUGUCUUUGUCAAGCUCAGAGACAUGAGGCACGAGAACCUCAAUCUUUUCCUGGGACUGUUCUGUGACUUCGGGAUCCUUGCCGUUGUGACCGAGCACUGCUCUAGGGGUAGCUUGGAGGAUCUGCUCAUCAAUGAGGAAGUGCGUCUUGACUGGAUGUUCAAGUCUUCCCUGUUAAUGGAUCUGAUUCGGGGAAUGAAGUACCUGCAUAACCGUGACGUCAUCCAUGGACGACUCAAAUCCCGUAAUUGUGUGGUAGACGGGCGCUUCGUAUUGAAGGUGACAGAUUAUGGCUUCAACGAAAUUUUGAUAUCCCAAGGCAUUGACACUGAAGGGGAAAAGCCAGAGAAUCUGCUUUGGACGGCACCCGAGCUGCUGAGAAACCCCAGUCUGAGGAGGAGGGGCACGUUCAGUGGGGAUGUCUACAGCUUCUCCAUCAUCGGGCAGGAGGUCAUCUCUCGCUCUGCACCUUUCUGCAUGCUGGACAUGCCUCCCAAGGAGAUUAUCAACAAGCUCAAAGAGCCUCCUCCGUUGUGUCGGCCCUCCAUGUCGGUGGAUGAGGCCCCGAUGGACGUAAUACAGGUUAUGAAACAGGCCUGGAGUGAAGAGCCAGAGAAGAGGCCGACCUUUGAGGAGAUCUUCAAACAGUUCAAGAACAUCACCAAGGGAAAGAAGACUAACAUCAUCGACUCCAUGCUGCGUAUGUUGGAGCAGUACUCCUCCAACUUGGAGGAUCUGAUCAGAGAGAGGACAGAGGAGCUGGAGGUGGAGAGGCAGAAGACAGACAAACUGGUUGCUCAGAUGUUGCCCAAGUCUGUGGCCCAGGCGCUGAAGACGGGCAAGCCUGUCAAACCCGAGCAUUUCAGCGAGGUCACGUUGUACUUCAGUGACAUCGUGGGCUUCACCACCAUCUCGGCUCUCAGCGAUCCCAUCGAGGUGGUAGACUUACUCAACGACCUCUACACACUCUUUGAUGCUAUCAUUGGACUGCAUGAUGUCUACAAGGUGGAAACUAUCGGAGAUGCCUACAUGGUAGCCUCAGGAGUCCCCAAUAGAAACGGCAACCGUCACGCAGCCGAGAUGGCCAACAUGUCUCUUGACAUCCUCCACUGCAUCGGGACCUUCAAGAUGAGGCACAUGCCUGAACUGAGGGUCAGGAUCCGUAUUGGCCUUCACUCUGGCCCAGUGGUAGCAGGAGUGGUGGGUCUUACGAUGCCUCGGUACUGUCUGUUUGGAGACACUGUCAACACAGCGUCUCGAAUGGAGUCCACAGGGUUGCCUUACAGAAUCCAUGUCAACCAAAGGACAGUUGCUCUCCUGGAAAGCUUGGAGCUGGGAUACAAAGUGCAAAACAGGGGCCUGACGGAGUUGAAGGGAAAAGGGAUUGAGCACACAUAUUGGUUGGUAGGGAGGGAGGACUUCAACAAACCUCUGCCGAUUCCUCCAGACCUUACAGGGGGAAGCAAUCAUGGUAUCGCUUUAGAGGAGAUACCUCCGGACAGAAGACAAAAGUUCCUGGAUCGACAGAAGAAGAUGGGCUAGAGUAAUGGUUUUUUUUUUUGGUUUUUUUUACUGAUGUCCCAGAAUGAAAAGUGAUAUUUUCUAGAACAUUAUUUUUCAGUGAAAAAAUACGCAAAGAGAUGUGUGAAGGAAAAGUUGAACAUGCAACAACCACAUUCUACUGUAAUUGAUGCUACGCUCAAAAUGACAUCCAGUACCAGUGACAUGGGGAUAAACACUUUCUGGAAAGCAUCUCUAUACUAAAAUAAUCUUUAUUGUAGAAGAGGCAACUGUCCAUUUUAUAUAUGUAUUCAACAAAAAAAUAAAGCUUACAUAAUAUGCAUACCAAAGUUGAAUUACAGAUCCAAAAAGUGUUGGGUUAGAGGACAGCAAUCGCCUAACAAGAAGGGAUUGUGAUGUCUAAAAAAAACGAUCAUGGUAUACUUCAUGUACUGUAUGUAUCUUUACUGAUCUUUGUGCUUUGUAGAGAUAGUGGAGAGAUUUUAUCAUGAACACCCUAAGGCAGUACAGUCUUUUACAACAACUCAGAAUUAAUACAUUAAAACAUUUUCACAGUAAUUUAAGAUGGAAAGCAACAGAUAGGUCAACCAGGGUUGAGAGCUCAGGUCAGAGAUGGCUCGGAUUUUGCUUUUGUGGCAGUAUUACUGUGAUUAUUCACACAUUUGAUGAAUUAAGCCAUAUAAUAAAAAAUGGCCAAAAUAUGUAAAACAAAGCAUCCGCUUUUUUGAUUACUGUGUCUCCUAACAUGUAUCCCAUUUUUGCAGUAGGCCUAUUUGAGUUGAUUUGACUGAUAGGUCUGUUUCAUUCUAACUUAUCACUUUGAUUAAAAAAAUGGGCUCUAAAUUUGAGUUUAGAUGACUUGUUCCAGUGGUAAUUAUAUAGAUAGAUACUGGAAAUGAUCUUGGGGCCAAAACAUCUACAAAGCUGGAAAUAAUGGAUACAUUCCAAUAUUUAAUGACACAUCAUUUUCAGAAAAAUGUCAUGAUGGGACCCACAUGAUAUUUUUCUUUAAACGAUUGACCUAUGAUGUGCAUCUACAUUACGUUUCUCUCCUUAAUGAUGUCAUCAUACUACAUACAUAUAUAUUGUUUUAAUGAUGUCAUGAUACUACAUACAGUAUGCAUUGUUUUGCUUUGCUGACAUUUUCCACCAAAUCAUAGCAGACGUACGCAACAGGCAAACAAGACCCGAACUAUUGCUCACUAACAGUUUCCCUAUAGCUUCACCUACUGUUCAUGUAGCCCAUUACUGAAACAUGCUGCAUGCUGAAUGUACUGUACAGCUGUGUGUUUAACAGGGUCUUAAUAGGACAGCAAUGGGAAGACACACAGUAAAUCUGCUCUGAAUUGACUGAAAUUAUUAUCUGAAAUAAUGUGCUUCAGCAGAUUGAGCCUUUUCAUGUGUAUCGCUGUCUUCUAGUGGAAAAUGUCUUGAGUUUUGCAGCCAUUAUUUUCUUUUUGGGCUCUCUGGGACCCCAAACAGCGGCUGCAUCUGAAGGUCCUCUGAGAACAAAUGUUCACUAAGACGCUCCCAUGCUCAAGCCCAGGGGAUUUUACAGAACAUAUGGAGAAAUAAUGCAUACAAAAGGGGUAGGACAGAGUCAUUUCUCUUUAUCUCGGGGAUGUGUAUAUACUGUAAAUUUGUAAAUAGUUAGUUUGUGCCCUGCAGGGUUAGGGACUUUUUGGUGGAGUUUUUUAUUCUGCUUGGGUUCCCUAAAUCCCUGACACAAAAUGAGAUAGCAACAAAACAUAAGGGUUUAAUCACAGUGCAUUCAGAAAGCAAGCAACCGCAUUGUUCCCUCACUCUCUGUUGGCUUGCUAAUUGUCUGCUGCAGCACUGAUACUGAAGCAAAUAGGCAGGCAGUGUCAGGAUGUGAUUUUUCUCCAACAACAGUUACAUUUUUUCCUUGGGAGCUCACUUGCUGACCACUUCUAACAUAGACAAAAAAAGAACACACAUCUGAUGAUUUGAUUAUCAGGUUGCUUGUGGUGUAUUCUUUCACACCAUUAAGUGUUAAGCACUGGCUCUUCAAGCAUGAUUAAACCCCUGUCCAAGAGGAAACACAGGAUUCUGAAGAACAUGGAGAAAAGCUGUAUCUAAAGAACAAAAUAAGUUAUUCUAUUGCAUAGGUAGGACCUACGUUUGCUAGAUUUUUAAUCAAUUUGCCAAAUAGAUGAAGCUCCUCAAAAUUGAAUGGACUGUAUUGUUCAUUUUGAAAGUGUUCUCAAUGUGUUUCUAUAAAUAAAUGAUGGUUUUAGUGAAGAUUGUGUCUUCGUAUGUUACGCGGCGUUUGUGUUGAGGCCAUUUUCCCAAAUGGUGCCCUGACAGUACAUUAAAUUAUGAUUCAUAAGUUCAGUAACGAAGAGUAAAUCACACUUUAAAUGACCGGUAAGACAUUUAUAGCUUGAUAUUUCUAAGUUGGUGGCUUUUAUCUGUCAAAUCUGAUUAAAGUUUUUCAAUUAUAACAAGC